GUCUGGUUGUCACAAGGAACAGGCACUACAUGACAUCUGUAAGAAUUGAUCUGCUUCGAUAAAACUAUGGAAUGGGAAAAGGAUCUAAGGCGCAGCCAGUCUCUGAGGAGUCUGUCCUCACAGUCUGACAAGGUGAUCUGGACAGAUACAGGACUUCAGGACAGGGCCAUAUCUGUGUCCCAGUUAGUGGCCAGGUAUCAAACUACAGUGGCAAAAGGUACAACCAGUCAAGCCGCUCCAGAUAAUAAUGUUGAAGGAAAGAAGAAAGCAGGACUAAAAGAGCAGAUCCCUCCAUCUCCUCUGAAAAGCAGAGAGACUCAUCCGGACUCUCUUCUGAAGAAAAAUGAUGAACAGGAACAAGCUCGGACCAAAGUCAGUCUGACUCGCAGUAAAUCAGUGGGUAGCCUCCAAACUGGCAACAGGUCCAUAGAGGCCCUGAAGGCUGUUUUCGAGACAAAGGCAACAGCAGAGUACAAACCGAAAAGCAGUUUUAGAGCUGGAAACCCAGCCUUGGAUCACAACACGAAUAUUCCACUGGUGAAUGGAGAGGCUGAGGAAGUGCAGAUUCCUUGGAAGGAACAGAUGAAACCUGCUAAAAUGAAAUCUAAGAAGGAGCAAAAAGAUGAUUCUCCACCUCAAAAGGCGUUCAUCCAGGCUCUGGUGUUCCCACAUGCCGCUUACCAGGACGAUUAA